AUGGAUGCGGAUCAAGUUGUCACGAAUCUUGCGACUGUUCUCACUCUACUGCGGAUCACGACGGGCAUACUAGGUAUCACAGCGAUUAUUAACACAGCUCUUUUCGAGCUAGUUUCAUUUUCCGAAGAUCAGCAGCUCCUUAAGAACCCUCUCAAUGCGUUGUCAGUGCAGGUUGUGAUUCUUUUGUUGCCGACCCAGAUUUUGAUUGCGGCUUUUAUGUGGACUUUCUUUUGGAGGAAGGUUGACCAUUGCAACUCAUGUCCACAGGUUGGUUGA